AUGGAGAUCGACCCGCGUUCUUCGGAAGAUAUCGAGAUGACAAACACCUUCAUGAUCAUCUCGGACUCAAUCAAAGAGAAAGACGUCUCAUACUGGUCGUCCUACCCUUCUGCAUCAGAUUCGAGAAAGGAUGAAGAUCCAUCCUAUAUUAUACACGGCCUUCCAAUUUUAGCGGAGGACUUUUGCUCAUACGCACUGCCACUUGCCAAACGGGACCCCUUGCGAACAAACUGCAGUCAACCCAGGCAGCCUAUUCAUACCAUAGAAGCACCACCCGGGACAAUUGUGACCUUCCCCCCAGCGACGUGCGCAGACGAUGAUCCCAUCGCUAUUGCGUAUUUGGACUCGGAAGAUACCCCGAGAGACAAUCUCGUCGCACAUUGUGACCAACCCAGUGAGAAAUUGUGGAGCUGCCAUUGCGGUGGAGCCUUGCUUCAGGACCCUGAGCCGACGAACAACAGUAUCACUGAAGUCUCGCUUUCGAAAGUCGAAUGGUCACCAGAUCAUAACUCUGCUACAACAUUCGACAGUGGCUUCCAAGGUGCAGAGAGCACAAGCGAUGCCAGCAGCCCCAUUACUUGGCCCAUACCCGAAGCCCCAGCUACAUGUGCGGCACACUGCAUGGAUGUCAACCGCAGUGUAGGUGCAUUCGCCGCACCAUGUCUGUCCAGUACAAGCUUUUCAUGUAAUGGUGACUUGGGUAGCGCCUUCGACCAGCUGAUUUCCAUGUCGGAUCACUCCGACGACAGCUUUCAGUCCAGCCCUGUCAGGCUGUCUGAUACUCCGGACUCGUUAGCUGGAGUAUAUACAGGGAAGUUCGGCUUUCCCCAGUUAGUCUUGGGCCAAGGCAGACAGAUAUCGAGUCAGGGGCCAACCGAUUUUCAGUCAGUCUCCACAUAUUCUCAAUACAGAGACACUCUUACCUUCGUCCCUCCGCUCCCGCCGCUGCUGCCCAUCGAUACAACGACCACUGUUGAUGUAGAAGCACUCAAAAAACCCACUGGCGCUUCCGAGCUGAAGAACGAUCUCCUUAUUCAAUACAAGCAACGAGGCUGGUCUUACAAGGCCAUAAAGGAAGCUUGCAAGUUCAAGGAGGCUGAAUCGACGCUACGGGGCAGAUAUCGUACUCUGACCAAGCCCAAAGGCUCGCGUGUGAGGAAGCCGCAGUGGCUCGAAAAAGAUAUCGAACUUCUUUGUGAAGCCGUGUCGUGUUUGGCAUACGGCGGCAGGCAGGCGUGUCCUUACCUCUGUGAUUAUCGAUCUCGAAGUACCAUCCUACCGCCCAAAGUGUCAUGGAAGAACGUUGCUCGCUAUAUAUACGAUAACGGAGGCUCGUAUCUGUUUGGGAACGCCACGUGCAAGAAGAAAUGGUGUGAGGUGCAUAGUGUGAUCUCUUGA